GGCCCUUAAAGCCCAACCCGGAGCCCAUGAACACUGUUUCUUUCCUUUCCCGGAGUUUGUCAAAAUCGCGUAGCCGAUUGAACCCUAAUCGUGAUUCGUGAUACAUAAUCCAGGUAAAAACACAGAGAAAUGGAUCCUCCGUACUCCGCACCGGGACCGCUCCCACUUCCCUAUCCGCCCCACCACCACCAUCUGUUCCUUUGUCCUCACCACCACCACCACCACCACCACGUGAUUAUAUGCCCUCAUCACCAUAACCACCCCAUGCCCCACCACCAUCACUGUCUCCGCUUCAAUACCAACUGCGAAGGUCAUAUCCCUCCUCCAUUGCAAAACCAGUCGACCUCGGAGACUAACCCUUGUCUUCCAUUGGAAACCCAGUUCUGCUCCAGCACUCAGACAUUGCAAGAACCAGAACAUGUGGAAUUAGAAGAAGAAGAAGAGGAAGAUGAACCAGUAUUUGUCCUAACUGAUGAAUGGAGGGAUUUUUUCGCAAAAUCUGAAGCUAAGAGGAAAUUAGAGAAACAACAGGCUAAGAAAAAUAGAAGAAAGUUGAUACGGGCAAAAGCUGACUCUGAGGCUGAGGCAUCACCUUCCCUAGAUUUCUCAGAUCCAUAGCUACGGAAAAAUGAUGAUCAGCAAUUCUUCUUUCAUUCAACCAACUGUUGCAAGAUUUUGCAAUAUGGGAAUUAUGAUUCUAGAUCUGUAUAUACCAUGUGUAUUGUCUUGUUCUUUCUAAAGCCUAUGUAAUCUACAAGAAAGACAACAUGUCUGUUUCUGCGAAUAUACAUGUUCAUCAGGCAAAGAUUGAACUUCCAUUACCCUAUUUGAUGUUUUGAUGAUUGAUGAUGGGGUUUGUUUUGUUUAUGGUGAUGCAAUUCAUUAGGGGCAAAGAUUGAACUUUCAUUA